AUGAAGGACUACAACCAGCUCAAAGUGAGUUUCUUUGGCGAGGGUGAGGCGCAGAUCUCGCUGCAGUCGCUCAUUCAUGAGAUUGGCGGCGCGCUGAUCUACUGCACCGAUCUCAAUUUGUUUCUCUUCCUUUUCGACCUCUCUGAUUUUGUAGAGUCGGCAGAACGCCUUGGUUCAUCGCUUACGACGCCACCUACGACGCUGUCGUCAUCAGCAUUCGCGGGACCUGCCGGUCCCCGCGGUUUUCUCCUCUCAUUCGCAGACGUACAGCCCCUCGACGAAGCAGGGAAGGAAUACGGAUUCGACGGCACUGGCGAAUACACCCACCGCGGAAUGUACCUCGUAGCCAAGGAAGUUCUCAACGACGUCCUCCGAAUGAACAUUCUCCCCGCGAUUUUCCACAAACAACCCAUCAGCAACGACGAUGUCGACCUUCCUCCCGAGCUCCUCGACCACAUUACAGCGUCCACGCGGCUGGUGAUCGUCGGCCAUUCGCUGGGCGGCGGCGCGGCCGCUUUGAUGUCAAUCUUCCUGCAGAGUCAAUACCCGAACACGUGCUGCGCCUUCGAUCCCCCCGGCGAAACGCUCUCGCCCCGCCUGCGCGAAGAAUCGACGCGGUUCAUCACGACCACGGUGUUCGGGUACGACAUCUUCCCGCGGGUUUCGUCGUACACGUUCAGUCUGCUGCAGGACAACAUCGUGAGCUCGCUGUGCUACUGCAAGCUGAGCAAAUCCCGGUUCUUCUGGCUGGCGUUCGCGAAUAGACUGGACAUGAAGUCGCUGUUUUACACGACGUUCGCGGAGAUGUCGUGGGAGAAGCAGGACACGCUGUCGAACUGGCUGAUGCAAAACCAGGAACAUCAAGAGCAAUACGCGAAGAAGUGCUUUUUGCCGGGGAAUAUUAUGUACGUGAAGUUCGACAAGCUCUAUGUGCUGACGAAGAAGGGAAGGAAGAAGACGCUGGUGAGGGAGAAGGCUGUGCACGCGGUCGCCGAAGAGUUCUUGGACAUUCGGCUGGGACAUCAUUUCUGGUUUAAUCACUGGGUUUUCCUCGUAGGGAAAGAAGGGGAGGGGCGUGAGGCGUAG